UCCUCGGCUUGCCCAGUCAUGUGCCAGUGCCAGCAAUUACACUGAGUCUGCAGUUAUGGCUGAUGAGAUCAGCAAAGCCCAGACAGCCAGGCCGGGGGGCGAUACCAUAUUUGGGAAAAUCAUCCGUAAGGAAAUCCCUGCCAAUAUAAUCUAUGAGGACGAUCAGUGUAUUGCUUUCCAUGAUGUCUCUCCACAAGCACCAAUACAUUUCCUAGUGGUGCCUAAGGAGGCUAUUAGCCAUAUGUCGGCUCUGCAGCCUGCUGAUGAAGCUUUACUGGGACAUCUGAUGUAUAUUGGCACAAAAUGCGCUGCUGAGCAGGGCCUGACAAAUGGCUACCGGCUGGUGGUAAAUGAGGGACCAGAUGGUGGCCAGUCUGUGUACCACCUUCACCUGCAUAUUCUUGGCGGACGUCAGCUGGGCUGGCCUCCAGGCUAAUAGCCUGCAGUCUGCUACAUACCAACAGAGCCGUCUCAACCUGUCUUGUCAGACUAAAUGAGUUCCCGGAAUAUCAGCCUCCAAUAUAUUGUCAUUUGUUGAGACAAGGCUACAUCUACUGUUACUAUGGAACAUGAAAACAUAAAUAAAAUUAGUCUGUUUCUUUUA